AUGGUAGAAUCUGGGAAGAACUUUGAAUUGUUAAGGGAAGCAGAUCAUGAUGGAGUUUUGGAAGCUGAAUGUGGAUGCUGCAGGCUAAAAGAGAAAUGUACCCAAGACUACAUUGUGGAAGUUAAGAAAUUGCAUGCUGGGAUAUGGGUUUGUGGGCUUUGUUCUGAAGUUCUUAAAGAACAUUUAUCCAAGAAUCCUGAGAUAACCAUGGAAGAAGCUGUCAAUGGUCACAGGAAAAUUUGUCACAAGUUGAUGCGGAAUUUAAAAUCCGUGACAAUUCCAUCCUUGGUCACUAAUCCAUUGGCGUUUCACAGGGAAAACCGACCUCUUUGA